GAAUUUAUUUCUAUAUGCAUAGGUGCCAUACACGUGACCGUACAAAAUAGGAUAAGAUGGACGAUAUCCUCAAAGAAUUGGAGUGUGAGGAGUUAAUAGAAACAUUUAAAAAUAAUCAUAUAGAUUUCGAUACAUUUAAACUUCUGAAUACGGAAGAACUACGAGAAUUAGUGCCAUCAAUAGGGCUCCGCAAAAAGCUGCAAAUAAAAAUUCAUCAAUUAGCGAUUAAUGAUGCGGUAAUUUGUAUUGAAUCUGCACCCGCACCUGACAUAACCAGUAUUGAAAGUUUGCCAUCGACUGAAACUUUACUAUCAGAUGAUACAGCCGCUGUGGAUGAGUUUUUAGUAUACCAAAACCCUCAAAUUGAUUUAUUUGAAAGAGUGUCAAAACCAUUACUACCAGAGUUUGAUUUACGGACACUUCUACAAACCAGCCCUUUAGGAAGUAGCAUUCUGAAUUACUAUGCUGCACAUAAACAACUAGACAAUACUCAACGUAGUCGUCUGGUAGACAUAAUAACCAAGCAUCUAUAUACGCACAUUAUCAACUAUCGCUUGAAAGGAGAUGAUUACAUAUUACUGGCAGCGAAAAUAAUAUCCUUGUUUCCCACAGAGGCAACAGGGACAUAUUAUGUAUCACCAAUAAAAAAAAAUCAAUCUAGAACGGGUAAAUCAAUUGCUGCGAAGGGUAGAUUGGUUUCCAAAGUGUCCAAUCUCGUCAGUAUAUGCGGGGAAGCUUCCCCUGUGAGAAAACGAAAGGCCGGACAGAAUUGUAGUGAGGAGAAUGUUUUUAAGCGACCCACUCCCAUACAAGAAAAUUUAGAAAAUCACGAAGAUAUCGUGUGGCUAAAACACAACACUGAACCGUGGGAUGUGGUGGUAGAGAAAUGGUCCACAACGUUUGGCAUUCGACGAAACACUGAACGUGACGCACCAGGUACCGUUGCUGAUUUCAUAAAUAGGUGGCCCAUUUUGAAGGACCUCAGAUCAGAUGUUUUAAUUAAUCAAGAUUUUGAUGCGUUAUACCCCGGUUGUGGUCUGAAAUUUUAUAUGAAAUGGCAACAAUUUUUUACAACUGUUCUACACCUCCAUGAAAAUAAUGUCAGAGACAAUGACGCUUUAAAUUUGCUUAAAGAAUGGAAAGCAGAUCAAAGUGAAGAUGGAAAGUUAUUACUAGAGUUAAAUUUAUUGCCAUACCUGAUUCCUCCAAAGGGUAGAGUAGUAAUAGAAAAACGGAAGCACUGGAAAUUUUCAAUCCUAGAAGUAUUAGAGUCUAUAAUUAUCCAUGUCAUCGCACCCGGCGAUAUUGAAAAAUCAAUUUCUUCUCAAAAAGAAAAGGCAUUUCAACAUAAACAGACCGUGCAGCCCUAUAUUUUGGUACAAGGAUCAUCAUUGGUGAAUAUAAGUUGUAUUUAUGUAGUAAUAGAUACUCUGAAGUAUCAAUAUGACAGUGUUUCAAAGGGUUUUGACACAUUAUUCAAAUUAUUCCACACAUUUAAUGCACAAUACCCGGUACAGUCAGAAUACAUUUAUACAUUAAUUCAGAAGUGUAUAUAUAACAUUCAUACACCAUAUGACAAAACUACACCAACCACUGAAUUGGUUAUUAAUACAUUUUUGAAGGGCAUUGAAACGUAAAUCUAUUCGUUAUGAAGUGCGU